AUGGAGGUUCUCCUUGCCAUUGGAGGUACAAUUGCUGGUGAAAUUGCUAAAAACUUGGUGGCUCCUAUUUGGCGACCGUUUUAUUAUCUGAUUUACUACAAACAUAACAUCGAGAAUUUAAAAGAGGAGCUUCAGAAACUGGAUGACAAGAGAACUGAGGUGGGGCUACGUGUGAACAACGACAAAAACAACUUGCAUGGGGUUCAUGAUUCUGUAAUUCAUUGGCAAAAGAAAGCAGAUGACAUUGAUAGGAGUAGUAAAGCAUUUCUUCAAAAUGAAAUGAACAUGAACAAGUGUUUGAAUCGUUAUUCCUUGAGUAGAAAAGCUAAGAAGAUGACAGAAAAUAUGCUUGCUUUGCUUGAAGAAGCGAGGAAUUUUGGUGAAAUAGCCUAUCGUCAAAAGAUAGAAUUAUGGAUCAGUGAUGCUGAAGGCAUCAAGAAUUUUAAAUCAAGGGAAUCAAUUCUAGAUGACAUCUUGAUGGCCUUAAAGGAUGACGAUCUUCGUGUGAUUGGGAUUUGCGGAAUGAGUGGUAUCGGUAAAACCACUAUGGCAAUACAGCUUAAGAAAAUAAUGGAAACAGAGAAAUUGUUUGACGAGUUUGCUAUGGCAACCGUGUCUGAUACUCCUGACAUCAGAAAGAUCCAAGAUGAAAUUGCAUUUUGCUUGGGAUUGGAACUCAAGAAUGGUGAAAGUGAGGUGGUAAGCGCAAGCAAACUGCAUCAGAGGCUUACCAACUGUGAUAAGAGGAUCCUUCUAAUAUUGGAUGAUGUUUGGAAGGAGGAUGGUUUAGGAAAAAUUGGAGUUCCUUUAGGUUGCAGGAGCAAUGGAUGCAAAAUCGUGUUGACUUCACGAAAUGAAUUUGUGUGCUCUAGUUUGGGAAGUCAAAGAAAUUUCCUAAUGAAAGUUCUGAAUGAUGAAGAAGCUCUCGUUCUUUUCAAAGAGACAGCGGGCGACUCAAUUGGCCAUGAUUUACUCGACACGGUGAAGGAGAUUGUAAAUGAAUGUGAAGGCUUACCAAUUGCCAUUGUAACUCUUUCCAAGACAUUAAAAAACAAAAACAAACACAUUUGGAAUGAUGUGCUUCGACAUCUAAAGAAUUCUAAGCUGGAAGAUAUCUCAGGAAUGAAGGCAAAGGUGUUUUCUGCAAUUGAAUUAAGUUACAAUUAUUUGGAAGAUGAAGAGGCCAAGUCAUGCUUUUUGCUUUGUAGCUUGUUCCCUGAAGAUUUCGAUAUUCUGGUUGAAGAUUUGCUUGAAUUUGGAAUGGGCCUAAGGCUGUUUAAAGGUGUUGAAUAUGUGCAUGAAGGAAGAGAUAGGAUCUAUAAGCUUAUUGAUAUGCUCAAAGGGUCAAAUUUGUUGCUUGAAGGUGAUGACAAACGGAACGAGUCUGUCAAAAUGCAUGACCUUGUCCGUGAUGUAGCCAUAUCACUUGCCUCCAUAAAUAAGCAGUGGCACGCAUUACAAAGUCAAGCUAGAAUAAAAGAGUGGCAAGAUAAUGAUGGGUACAAAAAUUGCACUGCAAUUUCACUUCUGUGUGAAGACAUCAAAAAACUUAAAGAUCAUUUAAAGUGUCCGAAGCUUGAACUCUUACAGCUUUGGCAUGAUAGUCAGUUAGAAAGCCUUCCAACCAACGUGUUAGAAGGGAUGAAAGAACUCAAAGUUCUAUAUAUAGCCUCCUGUAUCCCAUCACUGCCACAAUCAAUUGAUGUCUUGAAGAAUCUUCAAACCUUACGUCUUUUGAAUGGUAGGCUAAACGAGAUGCAUACAAUUGGAGCUCUCGUUAAACUGGAAAUACUUGAAGUUCGUAGUUAUUGUUUAGAAGAGCUGCCAGCAGAAAUAGGAUCACUGAAAAAUCUAAGGUUGCUAAACCUGCGCAGGGUCAGGAUCCUUAGAUACAUUCCACCAGUUGUAUUAUUAAGGUUGUCCAAACUAGAAGAGUUGUAUCUUCCACUUAGAUAUAUGAUGAAAUGGGAAUGGAAGGAAGAAAAGAAAACCAAUGCAAGCCUCAGCGAGCUAGAGACUCAUCAUAUAACUGCAUUGCAUAUUACUGUAGUAAAUGCCUACAUUUCACCUAAAGCUUCAGUCUUUAGAAACUUAAUAAGAUUCCACAUUUUUGUAGGCGACUCAAAGGUUGAUAUUGUUCACAAAGAUUCAGAGAAUGUGUUGCAUCUUAAAGGAGAUGCAAGUGAUAUUAAAGGGAGUGGGAUAUGUGUUUUGUUGAGGGAAGUUGAAGUCUUGUAUUUGGAAGAAGUGAAAAAUUUGAAGAAAAUUGUAAAUGAGAUAGAAGAUAAUAGUUAUGCGGAUUUGAAGCGAGAUGAAUGUGUUGAUGCACUAGUAAGAAUUCCAGAGUCUCCAAAAAGUCGCCUCCCAUACUUAGCAAUUUAA